AUGUUGACGAGUUUUCCAGAGAAAACCAAUUUGGGAGUAGUAUGUAGCGAAAUGCACUAUGGGUGGUCGUCACCAUUUGGUCCUGUGCUACUCGAAGGUAAAUAUAAAUUUACUAUAACCAGUAACGAAUCAUCAUGGUUGACCGUAACCCCACUCAUUGGAGCCGUUUUUGGUGCAUUUGUCACCGGUUUGGUAGUGGACACUUUUGGUAGAAAAAGAAUGAUUGUAUUCUCUUCUGUUCCUUUCAUUGCUUCCUGGUUACUAAUCGGCUUUGCGGACUCAUCCACGUUGAUGUUUGUAGGCAGGUUUCUGGCUGGAGCUAUAGAUGGACUUUCUUUCAUAGCGGUUCCCAUGUAUCUCGGAGAGAUAGCCGAACCCAAGAUAAGGGGGUUGCUGUCAUCAGUGUGCCCAGUGAGUAUUGUCUUUGGUAUACUUUUAAUAAACGUUCUCGGCACCUAUUUACCACUCGACACCACAGCAUUCAUAUCAACCAUAUUACCUCUUCUAUUACUGAUCACAUUCCCGUGGAUGCCAGAGAGUCCGUAUUUUUAUUUAAUGAAGGGGAACGAAGAAGAAGCAAGGAAGAGUCUCCAGAUCUUCAGAGGCGUUGAGGAUGUCACUGUGGAGCUGAAUAGGAUAUCUAGCGCUGUCAAGGAGCAACAGGAGAAUAAAGGGUCGUUUCUUGACUUAUUUAGAGUGAAUAGCAAUAGGAAGGCAAUAUUCAUCACUUUAGGAUUAAGAACAGUGCAACAACUUACUGGCACGACAGUUAUCAUUUUCUACUGCAAAACCAUAUUCAAAGAAGCGGGAGGAUUUUCACCGAGCCUUUCCACCAUAAUUUACUUCAGUGUUCAGUUGGUUCUGGCCGUCGUCUCCUCCAUCGUAGUAGAUUUGUGCGGAAGAAAGCCGCUUCUUAUAACUUCGAUAAUAGGCACAGCGCUGUCGUUAUUAGCGCACGCAACUUAUCUGUACUUACAAAAAAUUGGAUAUGAUACGACUGAGUACAAUUUUGUGCCUUUAGCAGCUCUCCUUUGUUUCGUCGUUACAUUUAGUAUCGGGCUGCAAACUGUCCCACUCCUGAUCAUGGGAGAAAUAUUCCCAACUAACGUUAAGGCUUUUGCUCUAUGCACGAUGGACAUAUAUUACAGCGUCUUCGUUACUUGUAUGUCGAAGUUCUUCCACUGGUCUAAGGGAAUUGGGAUGCACGUGCCAUUUUUUACAUUUACGGGAUGUUGUGUUCUAGGACUGAUAUUUAUUUUGUUAUACGUCCCUGAGACUAAGGGAAAGACCUUAGAGGACAUUCAGGACGAGCUUCAUGACAAAAAAACGGUUGUGGAUAGGAGAAUAAUUAACGAAGCCUGUUUAUAUUGAAUUCAAAUUAUAUUUAGGUGUAAACACUUGAUCCGAUGAGGAAAAUUUUCAAAAACCUUAGGGCACGUUG